UUAGGUUUGCCACUAAUUUGUUUAGUUUAGCUUUAGUUUGAACUUUUAGUUUUAGAGAGUAAAGUAAAUAAAUAAGUCAUAAUAAAGUUCUAGUGUUGUAAAAAUAAAACAAGCAUGGCUCCACCUGGCCAUAGAAAAGUAGCAUUCAGUGCCAAACAGAAAAAAGAACAACUGAAAGAAAGAAGAGAUCGCAAAAAAAAUGAAUUAAGAGAUGAGUUCGGUAUUGUGGAUCACAGGGCGAAAAAGAAGCAACAGUCGCCAAACAGAGGCAGCACAAAACCAGGCCAGGAAUUGAAUGAACCUUCUAAUUUUUCUAAAGGAGCUUCUAAAAUGCGCAAUCCAAACAGAUAUCGUCUCUUGCUGAAAGUGGACACAAAUGAAGAUGUUGAGAGAGGUAAAGCUCUAUCAAGAGUUCCAAUACUUCCACUUUCUGAGGAAGCUUUGGAAAUAAAUUUGGAUGAAAUCUACAGUUCAGAUUUGGACAUGCCAAAAAGGCCGGUUUGGACUUAUUCAUUGAGUCGAGAGACACUAGAGACCAAUGAAGAAAAAUACUUUAAGAAUUACUUGGAUGACAUGUUUGGAAAGCAUGCUAACGAUGAAUUGAGCUAUGUUGAAUUAAAUCUGGAAACCUGGAGGCAACUAUGGAGAGUUCUGGAAAUGUCAGAUGUCGUUCUCCUCAUCACUGACAUCAGACAUCCGGCUAUCCACUUCCCACCUGCCUUGUACAAGCAUAUCAGAGAGCUGAGCAAACACGUGGUUCUUGUCUUAAACAAGAUAGAUCUGGCUCCUCCAAGUCUUGUUGCUGCUUGGAAAUAUUACUUCCUAAAUAAAUUUCCUGAUCUGCAUGUUGUUUGUUUCACAUCGCUUCCAAAAGAUGAGGAAGAUAGAAAAUUUUUGAAUUCAACUUUUGAACAGAUGACUGUACAGAAAAAGCGAAUGAGAAGAAACUAUACAGCCGUUGGACCAAAACAAUUGUUACAAGUCUGCGAGCAAAUUGUUUGUGGCAAAGUUGAUCUUUCAUCCUGGAAAGAAAAAAUAGAGUUUGAUGCUAUGCCUAAUGAAUUCACUGAUGAAAGCGAUGAUGAAAACACCGAUGAGGAAGAUGAUAAUGAGGGAAAUGUUGACGGCACUCAAAAAGAGCUCGAUUACGGAAAGGAUGAAUAUGACCAACACAAGAGAUAUCAGUUUUGCCAAAAUGAUAUUUUGACCAUAGGUUGUUGUGGUUACCCGAAUGUUGGUAAGUCUUCGGUUAUCAAUGGAUUAGUGGGCAGGAAGGUAGUCAGUGUCUCUCGAACGCCCGGUCACACUAAGUACUUCCAAACCAUCUUCCUCACUAAACAAGUUAAAUUGUGUGACUCACCUGGACUUGUCUUUCCAUCUUUUGUCUGCAAACCAAUGCAGGUUUUAGCUGGCAUCUACCCAAUUUCUCAACUUCGCGAGCCAUACACCACGGUUAGAUAUUUGGCAGAGAGGCUUCCACUCCCUCAAAUUCUCAAGCUUAAACAUCCUGACGCAAAAUCAAAUGAACAAGAAGCUCCGAGAUGGUCGGCUUAUCAGUUAUGCGAUGCAUGGGCGGAAAUGAGAGGAUUUGUAACGGCGCGUGCAGCUCGUAGCGAUGUGUACCGAGCAGCCAAUCAUCUGCUGAGGACGGCAUGUGAAGGAAGAAUUUGUUUGUGCAUGAGACCAAUGAACUACUCAAAAAACAAAGAAGAAUGGACAAAUCACCCAGAGACACAUGAAAUUUUAAAACUUCAAGAGAUGCACAAAGGAGUUACAGGCAUCAAAGACGAAACUGAUACUAGCAAAACUGAGGAAGACGAAGAUGAUGAGGAAAGCAGCAGUGACUAUGAUGCAAAAAAUUACUGCGAAAGUUAUAACCCUUACUCUCUUCUGGCUGAAGAUUGAAAAACGUUGAACCUUCAAAAUCAUUUUUCAUUGAAUUUCUGUACAGAAACGUGUGGAUGCCACUAACUGAAUACAUCAACUUGAAUAAACAAAUGUAACGACCGUUAAUGAAUUAUAUAUUGUGCACAAAAGAACAAAAUUUAACAAAUAUGUAAGAAAUUAAAUGUUUUAGUGGCUGAUGUGUUGGAUGUUUUAUUUAUCGGGAACAGAUUGUGACAACCAAUCAAGGUAUGGAGGGUUUCCAUUGUCAAUCUGCCAAUUAAUUAAAAGUUAAUGAAUGCCUUUUUACUUUUGUAAUAAAUAUUGGUGACAUUCUGGUUAA